AUGGAGAAGAUGGAACCCAGUGGCCAUUUUUCUCUGUUGAAUUUGCCAGAACCCAUACUGGAUUUCGUUCUAAAGCUCCUUUCACCAGUGGAACUCGUUAUUAUGUCUGAAGUGUGUACUUGUUUAAGGGAUAGAUGUCGAAGUGAUCCUCUGUGGGAAGUGCACUUAAAGCAGAAAUGGGGUGGAAUAUUUGGUGAUGUUGCUUACAAGGAGUGGCAAUGGCACAUCACUACUGCUAAGGAGAAAAGAAACAACCAAUCGAAUCAACAGAACAACCAUAACGGAUCAUUGGGAUCUUUCAGUGGUACUUGGCCUGUGUUACACCUCAGAUCAUAUCUAGAAGAUUGUAGCCGUCUCAAUAGCUCAUUCAGAAAUAGCUUUAAGAUGGUCUUGUAUUUCUGUCUAGAGAAUGGAAAAUUCUGGUUUCCAGCUCAAAUCUACAGGGGAGGAUUUGUUCGUGAUACCUUGGUUGGAUAUGAUUCCAAAACUGAUAACUUUGAAGCAAGAGAACAAAAUGGUGGUUGGCAUGCAAUGGGGAACAGAAUCCAAUGGGAAAUCCUUAGGGCUCCCCCAACUGAUACCCCUCCAUGUGUUCGCUACGUCUCUGAUUGUUUGGAAGACUUAAAACCAGGAGAUCACAUUGAGAUCCAAAAGAGAUCAAGAGAAAUUUCUUAUGAUUGGUGGUAUGCUGUUGUUGGUCACAUGGAAUCAUGUAAUGAAAACCAGAACUUCUGUCGCUGUGGUUACUCAGAUACUUUAGUAUUGGAGUUCAAGCAAUACAAUGAGGGAUCAAGCAUGGGACGAGUAAAGCUUCUAAGAAAUGAGAAAGAAUAUGAAGAAGCAACAGGAUGCUAUGGAGGAAUUAGAAAGCUUCAGAGUGAGGAGAUCCAAAGAUGGGAGAAGCUCUUGCCACUCUAUAAUCAAACUCCUGUAUACAUUCCUUAA